CCCAUUCCAAAAAUAUCUGCAACACACACAGAAAGAAAGAAACCACAAACACACAGUAUUCAAUAAUCACCGGCUAUAACCGGUCACCAUCAAGUCACUCAAACAAACCCUAUGCCUAUGCUUUCUCUCACCACCAACAAUAGCAACUUCACCUUCUCCCUUUCGUAGUUUUCACUUUGUUUCAUGUUCCAAAGAAACAACAAUCUGAACUCUCUCUCUCUCUCUCUCAAACUCGUGUGUGUGUUUUUGCAUCAAAAUUUUCAAUCACUUUGACGUAUCCAUAAUUAAAUAAAAACAUAACAUCAACAUUAAUUAUUAUACCUUCUUUCUUUUUUCCUUUUUUUGUCACUUCCAUCACUUCACUUCUCCUUCAUCUAUUAAAAAGUUUCAUAUUUUAGUAUCCUUUUUUAAUUGGGUUAUAAAAAAAAUUGUUGGGUAUUUUUUAUUUUUUCGGUGAAUGUUAAAUUUUUUUCUAUGGCUGAUGAGGGUUUUGAAGGUUACCAUGUCCCACAACAAAGUAGAAGAGAUAAGCUUAGAGUUGUUGUGGCUCAAAACAAUUCUUCUUCUUGUUCUUCUUCUCUUGUUGUUGAACCUUUACUUCCUUUUUAUGACUCUUCUUCUUUUAUUACUACCACAAAUUUCACUUCAAAUCAACACAACAACAAUAAUCAAAGUUUGAAACAAAACUUGUUCUCUUCUUCUAUUAAGGAUUUAGAAUGUUCUAAUUUUAUGAUGCGUGGAGAAGGAAAAAGGGUUAUGAAUAUUUCUUCUUCUAACUCUUCUACAAUUUCUCAUCAUCCUUAUUUGGAACAUUUGAAUAAUAAUCAAGGUAAUAUUCAAGUUAUUAAUAGUAAUAGUAGUAGUAGUAAUAAUAAUAAUGUUAAUAAUAAUAAUAAUAAUAACCCUUUUUUCUAUCAAGCACAAAACCUUCAAAAUCUUAGAAAUUUUGAAGAACAAAAUAGUACUACUAUGAUGUUAAAUCAUGAACCUUUGUCUUUGUCACUUUCAUCACACAAAAGUGGAAGUAAUUUACCUUUGGAGUUAAAUCUUGAUCAAAGAUAUGGUUCUAUGAUUUAUGGUAGUGGUGGUGUGAUUCAAGGGUUGGUUGAAGGAGGAGGAAGUGGUGGAUCAGUUCCAUUUACUGGAUAUGCAUCGGUGUUGAAGGAUUCUAGGUUUUUGAAACCAGCACAACAAUUGUUGGAAGAGAUGUGUGAUCUUGGAGGUCGUGGUGUUUGUGUUGAGAAAGUUGUGGUUGUUGGUGAUUCAUCUUUGAUGAUGGAAUCUCCUUUAGAGAGAUUGUGUGAAGAAGAUUCAUUUGGAGAUCAUAGUGGUGGUGAAGGUCGCAAUAAGUCAAGAUUGUUGACUAUGCUUGAUGAGGUUUACAAGAGGUAUAGACAAUACUACCAACAGAUGCAAUCGGUAGUAACAUCGUUCGAGUAUGUUUCGGGACUAAACAACGCAGCUCCUUAUGCAAGUUUGGCGAUAAAAUCCAUGUCAAAGCAUUUUAGAUGUUUGAAGAAGGCAAUUACUGACCAACUUCAGUUCAACAAUAAGGCUCAUUUUCACACAAGCAUUAGGAAAGACGAAUCUCCGAGAUUUGGCAGUAGUGAAAGAGGAGGGCCUUAUAGCCAUAGGUCAGGUUUUCUUGAUCAGCAACAACCUGUUUGGCGGCCUCAAAGAGGACUCCCCGAGCGUGCUGUCACUGUUCUUAGAGCAUGGCUGUUUGAGCACUUUCUGCAUCCCUAUCCUACAGAUACCGACAAGAUAAUGUUGGCGAAACAAACUGGUCUAUCGCGCAGCCAGGUGUCUAAUUGGUUCAUUAAUGCAAGAGUAAGGCUUUGGAAACCAAUGGUUGAAGAAAUACACAUGCUAGAAACAAGGCAAGCUCCAAAAGAUUCACAAAAGGAAGAACAUUUUCGAAACAAAUCUAAUGAUCAUCAUUUAUCUUCAAAUACUUCUCUAGUUUCGGAGAAUCCGUCUCCCUCGACCGAUAAGUUUCACGAUGGAACUUACAAGCGUGUCGUAAAUGAAAUUCCUAACAUAUCAAUUCGGCGUCAAGGACAACAACAACAACAACAAAUGAAUUUACCUCUUCAACAAGUAGGUGUUGGAAUGAGCAUGGGAAGUGGGAGCAGCAAUAAUAAUAAUAAUAAUAAUAAUAAUAAUAAUAAUAGUAAUAAUAUUAAUAAUAAUAGUAAUGUGUCAUUGACACUAGGACUUUAUCAAAAUCAUGGCAUUGGUUUAGCUGAACCAUUUCCAUUAAGUGCAGCUCAACGUUUUGGUAUUGGUCUUGAAACCAAUAAUGAAGGUUAUAAUGUUAUGAGUGGGUUUGAAACACAAAAUAGGCAUUUUGGAAGAGAUGUUAUUGGAGGCCAAAUGUUCCAUGACUUUGUAGGAUGAAAAUGUUGUUUUUUUUUCAAUAUAAUAAUUUGCAUGUACUUUUAUUUUGAUUGGUUGAUAAAUAUAUACUAUUACUAACCAAGUUUCUUUUGUGCUUUUACAAACCAUUAGAAAUUAUGAAGAAAAAAGAGCUAUUGAAAUAUUGCCCAUUAUGGUAGUUUCAAGUUUGUGGAUGAAAUGUUUAUAU